CUUUUUUAUUCCUAGAAAAACAGGUGUUAUCUUGGAAUGUUCCUAACAUGGCUGUCGUCCAUCCGGGAAUUUUCUGCAUAACAAAACUCGAAUCAAGUCUAGUCCAAUUGCUUUCUUUCUCAAGUUACAAUUAUAAUUCAAAUUUCAUUAGAAAUCGUUGCUCAUCUUCUUUGAUCCCUUAAAUUUCGUAAGUUCGAGGGAACAAAGAAAAACAUAGAGAAAAAUGGAGACCUUAAUACCCACAUGGCAAGCAUCGGUUUUGGGUGGGGUUUUGGCAUGGAUUAUGGUGUCUUCGAUGUUCAAUGUGACGCGCAUAAUUAGAUCUUUAACCCAACCAUGGGUGUCGAGUUGCGUAAUCUCCGGUAUUCCAAUUAUUCUCCAGAUCCAGAAAUACCAGCAUACGUUUUUGGAUGCGUUAUUUACUGGUUUAUCUUGUCUUGUUUCUGUCCCUUUCUAUACCGGCUUCCUUCCCUUGCUAUUCUGGAGUGGACAUGGGAAACUCGCAAGGCAAAUGACACUUCUAAUGGCAGUUUGUGAUUACGCAGGAAACUGUAUAAAGGAUGUAGUGUCAGCUCCUAGACCCAAAUCUGUGAGGAUACUCACUGUAACUUCAGAUGAGAAAGAUUUUGCCAUGGAAUACGGAUUGCCUUCUUCACAUACUCUUAACACAGUCUGCUUAUCAGGGUACCUCUUCCAUUACAUCUUGUCAUACAAUGAAACCUCAAAUGCAUCUUUUCAUCUUCUAGGAUUUGCAUUCGUUUGCGUGUUUGUAGGUCUUAUUGGAUUAGGAAGAAUAUAUCUUGGAAUGCAUAGUGUGAUUGACAUCAUUUUUGGUCUUUUUCUUGGAUUGGCAAUACUUGCAUUUUGGCUUUGUGUCCAUGAACAUGUUGACAAGUUUGUAGUUUCAGGACAAAAUGUUACAUCCUUUUGGGCUGCACUUAGCUUCUUGUCACUAUUUGCGUAUCCAACACCAGAGCUUCCAACUCCAAGCUUUGAGUAUCACACUGCAUUCACAGGCGUUGCUUUGGGAAUUGUGACUGGGGUCCAACAAACAUAUGAUAACUUCCACCAUGAACAUGUGCCACGUGUAUUCACUUCUCAACUACCAUUAGCUGCCUUUUGUUGUAGGAUCCUAGUUGGCAUCCCCACCAUACUCCUAGUGAAAUUUUGUAGUAAAGCUCUUGCAAAAUGGAUUCUACCAAUUACAGCAAAUGCAUUGGGGAUUUCUAUAAAAUCUUCAGGAUAUGUCCCGGGUUUGACCGGUUCUUCCAUGGUCAAAAAGUCAAACGAAGUCAAACAGUCAAAUGGGUAUCUCCAGAAAAUGUUGUUUUUUAGUAAUCAAGAUUCGUUCGAUGUGGAUACAGGAAUAAGGUUGCUUCAGUAUGCUGGUCUGGCUUGGUCUGUGGUGGAUCUUGUUCCUUCAAUCUUUUCUCAACUUAAUUUGUAAUCAUAAUUCUUUGAUUUUUUUAGGUGUAGUUAACAAUAGUUGAUAUAUGUAGACAUUAAUG